UUCGGGUCGCACUCCGCGCCGGACGGUGGCGGCGACGCGCUCCGAGCGGCUGCCCUGCGUCGCGCGCAUGCCUGGAAGGGGCGGGCCGCUCUUCUCUCCAGGCGGCGGCUCCGAUGCCGCUGCUGGGCCCAAGAUGGACCCCCCAACGCUGCUCGCAGCCCCGACCGCGCGCGGAGGCCAACAUGGCGGCGGCGCUGCGGGCCGGCUUCGCCGAGGCGCGGGGCCGCCCCUCAGGGGCCCUGGGCGCCGCCGCCUGCUGCUGCUGAGGGGCCCAGAAGAUGGCGGGCCGGGGCCGGGGCGUGAGGAGGCCCCCGGGCCGAGCCCGCCGCCCCCCGAGGACGGCGGCGACUCCUUCGUGGUGCUGCUGGAGGUGGCGCGCGGCGCCGCCGAGGCCCCGGGCCGGCGAGAGGCCGAGCCCCGCUCCGGCCCGGCGCAAGCCCCGCGGGCCGCCCGGAGCAGGGCCCAGUGGCCCGGCCGCCGCCCCGGCGCGGCCCUGGCGGGCACCGUCACCAUCAACAACCAGGACCUGCUGGUGCGCUUUGACCGCGGCGUCUUCACGCUGGCCGCCGCCCCGGCGUCCGCGCCGCCCGCCGGCCGCCCACUCGCCAAGCCGGGCCCCGAGGCCGCCAGCCCUGCCGCGGCCCGCCGGGGGCCCGCGGGCGCCAGCCCGGGCUACCGCUGCCCCGAGCCGCAGUGCGCGCUGGCCUUCGCCAAGAAGCACCAGCUCAAGGUGCACCUGCUGACGCACGGCGGCCUGCAGGGCCGGCGGCCCUUCAAGUGCCCGCUGGACGGCUGCGGCUGGGCCUUCACCACCUCCUACAAGCUCAAGCGGCACCUGCAGUCGCACGACAAGCUGCGGCCCUUCGGCUGCCCGGUGGGCGGCUGCGGCAAGAAGUUCACCACCGUGUACAACCUGAAGGCGCACAUGAAGGGCCACGAGCAGGAGAGCCUGUUCAAGUGCGAGGUGUGCGCCGAGCGCUUCCCCACGCACGCCAAGCUCAGCUCCCACCAGCGCAGCCACUUCGAGCCCGAGCGGCCCUACAAGUGUGACUUUCCCGGCUGCGAGAAGACAUUCAUCACAGUGAGUGCCCUGUUUUCCCAUAACCGAGCCCACUUUAGAGAACAAGAGCUCUUUUCUUGCUCCUUUCCUGGAUGCAGCAAACAAUAUGACAAAGCAUGUCGACUGAAAAUUCACCUAAGAAGCCAUACAGGUGAAAGGCCAUUUAUAUGUGAUUCAGACAGUUGUGGUUGGACUUUCACCAGCAUGUCCAAACUUCUGAGGCAUAAAAGGAAACAUGAUGAUGACCGGAGAUUCACCUGCUCAGUGGAAGGCUGUGGGAAAUCAUUCACCAGAGCAGAGCACUUGAAAGGCCAUAGCAUAACCCACCUGGGCACAAAGCCGUUUGAGUGUCCUGUGGAAGGGUGCUGUGCUCGGUUCUCAGCUCGCAGCAGUCUGUACAUUCACUCUAAGAAGCAUCUGCAGGAUGUGGGGACUCCAAAAAGCCGCUGCCCAGUGUCCAGCUGCAACAGACUCUUCACCUCCAAGCACAGCAUGAAGGCACAUGUGGUACGGCAGCACAGUCGACGCCAAGAUCUCGUAUCUCAGCUGGAAACUCCAAGUUCUCUCACACCCAGCAGUGAACUAAGCAGUCCGGGCCAAAGUGAGCUCACCAACAUAGAUCUAGCAGCACUCUUCUCUGAUGCACCUGCACACGGGAGCAGUUCAGCAGGUGCAUCAGAUGAGGCGCUGAACUCUGGGAUCCUGACUAUUGACGUCACGUCUGUGAACUCCUCUCUGGGAGGGAACCUCCCUCCUACUAAUAGCUCCUUAGGGCCCAUGGAUCCUCUGGUCCUGGUAGCCCACAGUGACAUUCCUCCAAGUCUGGACAGCCCUUUUGUUCUUGGGGCAGCAACCACAGUCCUCCAGCCAGGCAGCUUCAGUGCAGAUGAUGUGCAGGCCAUGAGUGCAGGAGCAGUAGGCUGUUUGGUGGCUCUGCCAAUGAAGAACCUGGCUCAAGACUCUCCAGCUUUGACCUCCAGCAGUAACUUAGCGCCCAUCACCACACCAAUCUCUUCAAGCACCUCCCGAGAGACUGCUAGUGUCCCAGAAUUGCUAUAUCCCAUCAAGGUGGAGGAGGACUUGCCUCCUAUCUCGGAUGGGGUCAAGCAGCAGGAAAAAAGCCAUGGGCUGCCCAGGUCUGUGCUCUCCAACUCAGCAGAGAGGCACGGUGCUCAGAGGGACACAGAACUCAGUGCAGGCACCAGCAACUUCUACUUGGAAAGUGGGGGCUCAGCAAGAACUGAUUACCGAGCCAUUCAACUAGUCAAGAAAAAAAAGCAGAAAGGAACUGGGAGCAAUGCAGGAGCCUCAGAGUCAACUCAAAGAAAAAUGAAACGUGGCAAGAUCAGUCCUCCUCCCUUCCAUGCAGGCCAGAGCGUUUGUUUGUGUGGGAACCUUGGGGUUCCCAGUGGAAGUCUGCCAGGACCAGCUCCAACAGAAGGCAUGCAGUGUGUCCAGAUUCCGGUAAUGCAGGAUGACCCCACAGGUGAAGGAAUCUUGCCGCUGGCCCUCAGCCCACAGCCCUCUGCCUUCCACCCCUACUUCACCAUGGAUUUGCCUGUCUACGUCCUUCAGGAGGUGUAUCAGGCAACUGGAAGUGGUACUGGGCCCGAGGCUGCACAGGUACCAGGAAGCACUAUCAACAUGCGGGACCUUCAGUGACAGGGACCUUCAGUGACACCAGCCACAGCCUGAGCAAGACAAAACGCCACAUCUCAGCUGCACCUGCCUGAUACUUUAGAUGAUACGGUACAGGAUCUGGGGAGACUCCACUUGGCUUCUGCUCAGAAGUCCAGCCUAGUUAAUUAUAGGCUCUUGGCUACAUCUAUAAAAAUGUUUUCCUUCUGUUUUGUAAGGAGCCAGUUUGCAUUGUACUCUUGGAAACUGCCUUUACAGGCAAGGGUCACCUUACCCAGGCUCUGUGUCCAUGCCAAGCAUGUGCAUUAGAGCCUGGAAUCCCCUUAGAUGUUAAUAGCAGGAAGCAGGGUAGGACACAGGCUUCCUGCUCAAGUACAACUCUGUAGUAAAUCCAAACAGGGUCUUUUAGUUGUGUUUCAGCACUGUGGCCAAGAGAGAUCUAGAAAUCCCAUUCUUUUCUGAGAGCUUAUGGGACAGACCAUUUCUCAGUACCUUGGGUGGUAUUUGUGGGCGGAUUGGUUUUGCCACACUGCGGGCCAAAGAAGUCCUGUUGUCCCAGUAAAGCCAAAUUUUGAUCCAUGUUCUAGCAGGGCAGACAGGCAGCUAGUUUUGGAAGAAAAUGACUGGGAAUGUACUGGCACCCAUCAGUGGCCUGGUAAUGAGCCCUCAUUGUAGACCAGAAGUACAGCUUAUAGUUGGGAUGGAAGAGUUAAAAAUUUUGAAAUAAUUUUUCUAAACUCCAUGUUUGAACAUUAAUGUUAAAUAGUAUUUGACUAUGGUUUAUAAAGUGAUGUUCUGUUGUAAAUUAUGUAUAGGACUAUAACGACACGUGUAUACUUUGAGGUUGCAGAUGUGCAUAGAAUACGUCCAUGUAUAUUUUUACAGAGUAGGGUCUGUCUUGCAAAAGGAAACAAGUUGAUUACCUUGCACAUAUUUAUUUGUUAGUUAAUAGACUGGACACAGGGUAACUCAGAAUUGUUUUCUUUUUGCUUUGUGCCUUUUUUGAAGUAUAUCUUUAUUCAGAUGUUGUUUUGGUUCUGAGACUUGGGAAUCAUUCGAAUUCUGCCCUUUCUGUAUUUCUUUGUUUCUUGAAUUUGAGGAGGAGGCCAAGUUAGAGGGAGUCCUUUCUUCAUCCUUUUCUGGGUUGUCAUCUGCCCAGGUGCUGCUUCCCACAAGGAGAUUUGAAACCCAUUUGAAAAAGUUCCUUUCCACAAAUCUCUGCUGUGUCACAGACUAGAGUUCAGGGUUCAACUUGCCUGUAUGUCAUCAGGGCUCUCCUCCUUCCACAAGGAACCAGGCACCUUGUCACCUGCCCUGAGACCCCAUCUCAGAGAGAGCCCCUGCCUUCUCCCAUAACCCCCCAGUGAGUAUCCACCAUCAAGUGAUGGGAUUGGCUGUCCUAGUUCUAGACAAGGAGGCUCCCUGCUGAGAAGGGCCCAAUUUUAGUGCAAAUGAAUAAUAAAAGUUUUUGUAUUGUCACACACCAAAAGUUUUCUCCUGGCUUAAUUCAAGGGACUGUGUGUAUGGUGUUGAGAUAUUUUUCCCCCUUUAGGUGGUAGUAAUAACCCUUUCAUCUACCUAGCUCACCACUGGCUUUUCUUCUGUCUUGUGGGAUGGAAUGGGUCCCACACCACCUCCCAAUAGGGAAUGGCCUUUGCUUCUCUCCAUGCACUCUUUCAGAUGGGAAUCAAGAUGGCACUCCUUCCCUCAGGCAUGAGGAAAUGACCAAAGAGAGGGCUGCUGAGCUGGGUAACCUGAGAGCUACUAGACUCCACAGAGACAUGAGUUUAUUUCACAUGAAUAAGGAAGCAUAAAGAAGACCAUGAGGGCAGAGUCAGGGUC